AUGGAGUCUCAGGUGGGGGGGGGCCCGGCCGGCCCGGCCCUGCCCAACGGGCCACUCCUUGGUACAAAUGGAGCCACUGACGACAGCAAGACCAACCUCAUCGUCAACUACCUGCCCCAGAACAUGACCCAGGAUGAAUUCAAGAGUCUCUUCGGCAGCAUUGGCGACAUCGAGUCCUGCAAGUUGGUUCGGGACAAGAUCACAGGGCAGAGCCUUGGCUACGGGUUUGUGAACUAUUCUGACCCCAAUGAUGCAGACAAAGCCAUCAACACCCUCAACGGCCUCAAAUUACAGACGAAGACCAUCAAGGUUGGUGCCUCCUUCUCCAAUCCCUCCACGACUGCCCACCCCAACUGA